UCUCCCUCGUAGGAACUCAGCCCCCGCCUGUCUCCCGCUGUUGCUGCUGCUCUGACUAGCUUGCUGCCUCUUGCCUCUUCUUUCUCUCUCUGCUUAGCGCCUUGCCUUCUGAUACCACUCCCAGGAUGGAGACCAAUCAGUCUGCACAGCUGUCGGGGGAGCCACAGUCAACACCUGUGGGGGACAGUGCAGUACUGCCCAGUCAAAAUGGCCUGGAGAAGCAAGAUGAUCAGGACUCCUCAACCCCACUCCCAGCACCGGAGGAGGAGGCAGGUGUGCAGCCUGAACGGGGAGCCCAUGAUAUCUCUGAAGAAUUGAACCGACAACUGGAAGACAUCAUUAACACGUACGGGUCUGCUGCCGGCACGGCAGGGCAAGAGGGUCCCACCACGGCCAAGGAGCAGCCUGAGAACACAGAACCACCCGACAACGAGGACAGGGGCUGCGAGGAGACCACUGAAGAGACAGAGACAGACGCUCCGGCCUCUGGAGAGCCACCCACAGCCAAAGAGCCUGUCAGCAACAAAGAGCAAAAACUGGAGAAGAAAAUCCUAAAAGGAUUAGGCAAAGAAGCCAAUCUGCUAAUGCAAAAUCUGAACAAGUUGCAAACUCCUGAGGAAAAGCUUGAUUUUUUAUUCAAGAAGUAUGCUGAAUUGCUGGAUGAGCAUCGCACUGAGCAAAGGAAGUUAAAACUCCUCCAGAAGAAACAGGCACAGAUUCAAAAAGAAAAGGACCAGUUACAAGGUGAACACAGCAAAGCUAUCCUUGCACGAAGCAAACUGGAGGGUCUGUGCCGGGAGCUACAGAGACACAACAAGACACUGAAGGAGGAAACCCUUCAGAGGGCACGUGAGGAAGAAGAGAAAAGGAAGGAGAUCACAAGUCAUUUCCAGAGCACCCUCACAGAUAUCCAGGCCCAGAUCGAGCAGCAGAGUGAGCGAAAUAUGAAGCUCUGUCAGGAGAACACUGAGCUCGCAGAGAAACUGAAAAGCAUCAUUGAUCAGUAUGAGCUCAGGGAGGAGCACCUGGACAAAAUAUUUAAACACAGAGAACUGCAGCAGAAGCUGGUGGAUGCAAAACUCGAGCAGGCGCAAGAAAUGAUGAAGGAAGCAGAGGAGCGACACAAACGUGAAAAGGAAUAUUUGCUGAACCAGGCAGCAGAGUGGAAACUUCAGGCCAAAGUGCUGAAGGAACAAGAGACAGUCCUGCAGGCUCAGCUUACUGUCUACUCUGGAAGGUUUGAAGAGUUUCAGAGCACACUGACAAAAAGCAAUGAGGUGUUUGCCACCUUCAAACAGGAAAUGGAGAAAACCACUAAGAAAAUGAAGAAGCUGGAAAAGGACACAGCCACAUGGAAAGCUCGGUUUGAGAACUGUAACAAAGCUCUGUUGGACAUGAUUGAAGAGAAAGCAUUGAGAGCUAAAGAAUAUGAGUGCUUCGUGAUGAAAAUUGGAAGGCUAGAGAACCUCUGUCGAGCUUUACAAGAGGAGAGAAACGAACUCUAUAAAAAAAUUAGAGAAACAAAAAUGCCUGAAAAGGAUGCCCAAGGUCAGCUCACCUCUGAUGACGACGAGCCAGAGUCAAAUACCUCUGUGGGUGAAGAGGCAGAGGCGGAGGAAGCCAAGGGUGUUCACAAUGCUGUGCAGAAUCUGGCCGCGGCCUUCAUGGUCAUCCAUCGUCCAGAGUCAACCCUCGAUGCGUCCAAAGAAAUCCAAACAGAAGUCAGCAGUCCUCAAGGGGGCGGCGGCACGGCCCUCAAGGGGCUGGAACAAGCCCCUCUGAGCCCAGCAUGCCAUUCAGGGAGUCCCCUGCAUCCCCCAAGUCCUCAGGCUGAGGAGGAGGGAGGCAACGAGGCAGAACCUCCCCUCAGAUCAGGGUCAGGAGCACAGGCCCAAGGCAAUGGUCCCCCUGCUGGACCACAGGCUGAUCCGCAGCCACGGAAGCCAGAGGCAGCAUUUUCCAGCCAGGCCCCGGAGCCUCCGACAGAGGCGUUUCUAUGGGAGAUGGAAGCCGACGGGCAGCCCCGGAAGCCAGAGGCAGCAUUUUCCAGCCAGGCCCCGGAGCCUCCGGCAGAGGCGUUUCUACGGGAGAUGGAAGCCGACGGGCAGCCCCGGAAGCCAGAGGUAGCAGCUUCCGGCCAGGCCCUGGAGCCUCCGGCAGAGGCAUUUCUACGGGUGAUGGAGGCCGACGGUCGUGCCCCGCCGCCGGCAGCGGGAGAGCACGUGCCAGCUGGGGAGUCUAGAUGUGAGCCCAGGAGGCAGCCCCCAGCAGCAGCAGCAGAGGGGCUCCCAGGAGGGGCCUCAGCUGGGCCCCCGCUGCCCGAAGUGGCCGACACCGAUCUGGAAGGAGCCGACUGAGCCUCCUCUGCGUUCUGAGGCUGUUCUUCCCGACUUUCCAUCGUCCUAACAGACUGUCUCCCGAAAGAGGCAUUAAGGGCUGGGGACGUCUAAUGGAAGAGACUUAUUUAGAAUCAAGACAUUUUAAAAUGUUAUGCGGAGUACCUUCAGCCUUUGCUAUUUGUUCUCAAUUUAUAACUGAUUUGGAGCUUUUCUAUUUAACACUGAUAGUAUAAUUUUCUCAAAUGGCAACAAAACAUACGAGUAGCAAAUUUAAAUUAAUUUGCCAUUAAGGUGUUACUUAAUUCAGUUUCUUAAUCAACAGUAAGAUUUGGUGUUUAAAGACUCCCAUUACAAUAUAUAAAUACUGAAAAUGUGAUGCUUUAUUUCCAUAGAGUUUAAUAAGUGCCAUAGUAAGUAAUGGAUGACCAGGUUCCAUUUAAACAUUAUAUACAUUGUGUGUGUGUGUAUAUGUAUAUGUAUGAAUAUAUACAUAUAUGUGCUUAUGCACUUAUAUACACGUGUAUAUUUUAUACACAUGUAUGCAAAUAUAUAUUACACAUACAUUUCUAUCAUCAUCUCUUUUUGACUUUCUCUCAUGCAGAAUAUUUAGAUGCUUAUCAAAAAAUUUAUCUCUUACUUGCACUUGGGACUACAGUAGACUAAUGCUCUGUGAAUUAGAAAUAGGUUCAGAACACAAAUAUUAGGCUACAUAAUGUUGAGUAAAAAAAUAAGUAACCCAAUGGUAGG